AUGAAGCGAGAGGAAUGGUUCGCCGUGCUGCAGAAGAUGCCGUGGGUGCCGUGUGAGGAGAGCAAAGGAUCGCCACGGUACCGCGCGGUAGAGGCGUAUCACUGCAACUUCUGUGCUUACACAGUGUGUGCUCGUUGUUACAACGCCGUGCCAACGACGCUUCUGUUCCCAUCCCGAGAUGCAUCGGCAGUAGCUGGAGGCGGCCCACUUGGGCAGCAGAGGGGGAGCGGGGAGGAGAAGGCGCGUUCGCCGAAGAACGAAUAUUUGCGGCGUCAAAACACGGUGGCUGAUGAAGACUUCAGCAGGCCCCGUUGCUUUCUGUGCCGCAAAGGGCUCUUGUUACGGGAGCAGGUGCCUGUGCACGAAUGGACCUGCGAAGGGCCACGGCCGGCGCGCCGGCUUCAGCGUGGGGUUGGGGCGCCGUAUGACGUGGAUGUGGUGCAGCGGUACUACGCAAUGAAGGAGCAGCGGGACAAGCGUGCACUCUCGCAGGCGCCACUUGUUGCUCAGUUUCACGCCGCUGAAAGGCCACCAGCACAUUUUGCACCUGCCAGUGUGGGUGACGAGGACGGCGGCGACGUCAUGGAGAGAGACCCGUUGGAUCGGCGACCCUUCUGCGAGGAGGGUGCAAGUUUUGUCUUCUCCGUGCAGAAUCCUCGAAUGGAGGUGUCUUGCGUGUGGUGUGCGGUGAAUCGACGCCUAAGUGAGGCGCAUCCGUCGUUUGUGGGGGAUGAGACGAUCACACCUCUGCAGAUUUUUUGUUGUCCGCCGUCACUUCCGGGACUUCCCGCGCGACGCUUUCGCGUCAGUGUGCCGUACGGGGUGUAUGGGCUGCACCACGUGCACGCCCUGGCCCUUUACCUUACCGAUGAUAUUUUUCGCAAGGCCUCAACAAAGCUGCAGGUGGCAACGGUGGAGACUUUGGUGGCGGACGUGACUGAGCUGCAGUCGCAGUUGCGGCGAGGGCAGCUGAGGGCGGGAAAGGAACUUCCCCGUCACGUCGUGCACCCGCUCUUGGUUGUGGACGUGCUCCACCGCAUUGCCACCAGCGAUCCCAUGCGAUGCCUGCUCAGUGAAGAGGCGUUUGCGACGCAUCUGCGGGCUGUACCUUCUGACCCCUUGAACGGCGUCCCAGGUGGGGCGGAACAACUAACAGCAGCGAAUACUCACGCCGCUGAGGAGACGACGGCCGAGGGCAAUAGCAACAGCGACAAUAGCAAUGGGGCUCUGAACAAAGGCGGGGACCGCAACGAUCUGCGGUGCGAGGCGCAAGUGAAUGGUGACGCAAUUCCUGGUGACAAGGUGGAAUGUGAUUCAUCCAUGACGUGGCCCAACGGGCUGCGGUGUGACGAACUACUUUUGACGCUGGACUACUUGCUGCAGGGCCGCUCUGCGGCCGUGUACGGCAUUGCAUCCAAAUGUUUCUUUCUUCAACACGUUUCUCAGUGCGCCGAGUUGCGUCACCACGGGGUUGCAGUGGUGGAUGGAUACCGCACCUCCACCGCCCGCAUCAUACACCAGCUGCGUGAGCUUCGGAAGCAACUUCGGCAACGGCAACAGGGGUCAGAGCAGGCGCUGCUGUGGAGUUUCAUCGCCCGUGAAGCUCGCUGUGAGCCGCUGGCGCUUGACGCCCGUUCCAAUUCCCCUGAGCGCGACCGGCAGCACGACGAAGACGAGGAGGAGGCGGAGGAAUAUCACAUGAUUGACUCGACCCCCACGAACUCCCCUCGGAGCCAAUCGUACCGCACCCCGCUACGGAGCCGCGUGGGGGAGGAGGGACGGAGCCAAUCACGUAAACACAGCACGGAUUUCUCGGCAGACAAAAAUCGCCCCCUUUUUCAACAAUCACACUUGGGUGAAACACCGCUGGUGUGUGAGACAGCGGGUUGCGUGCCUCUCUACUCCCCUGCGUCCCUUGAGAAGCGGCGGGAGCGUUCCAUCCUUCUCGUGCGCGGGGAAGAGGCUGCGGAAGAAGAGGUGAAAGCGCCUUUGCCACCCAAAUACCCUUCUCACCAGCAUCAGCAUCAGCAUCAGCAGCCGCGGCAGCAGCAACCACAGGCACAAAAAGAGCGACAGACUAGAGAGCAGCCGCUGCCUCAACAAGGUGUGGGGCGGGAUGAAACGGUGUGUGCCUGGUCGCGACGGCACUGGCUUCGUGAGCAGUCCGACUGGAACUAUGACGUGCCACUGCGUGACGAGUACAGUAUGAAACGACCGCGUGAAGAUGGCGUGGGACUCGACGUCAAUGCCGAGAAAGUCUCCGCGUUGCGUCCACGUGAGGAUCGACGGCAGCGUCCUCCGCAGAUCACCGUCUCUUCCCCUGAGGUAAUGCGUUCCCUCCGUUUCGCAUGUCGUGCACCGCUUCGCGCCUGCACUGCAUGGAUGUCUCUGCCGUCGAUUACGGCACAAGGUCUCGUUUCGGCCGCUCUGCCCACCAUGACACCAUCCCUGAAGGGUGUUGCUCCUGUCACAAUUAUUGUUUUGCAUGGCGUGGAUCAACUGGAUGCGCUGGCCCUGCUUGAGCUUCAAGCCAUUGGACGGGAGUUUCCGUAUCGUGUUAUUCUACUUUGUUCCUUUGAUGACCCUAACUGGCCGUUGUCGAGUACCGCGGGUUUGUUAGACCUGUUCCGUAUGAUGUACAUUCACCUUCGCUCGAUGCUGCUCCCACGCGUGCAUGAGAUGGCGACUAUUAAUAGCCUGCAGCUGCUGACAGAGUUGGAGAGCGCUUCAGUGGGAGGUGGAAGAUUUAAUCAACACGUCAAUGGCGGCGGGGCUCUCUUCUCAGGAGCCUCUUUGCCCCUGCAUGACACGAUCCGGCGCAUUCUGAUUAGUCUCCCUGCCUCCUUCAGUGAGCUGCUGCGGUGCAUGAUUAAGCGCCAGGAGGAUUCCGGGGAGAACGUCUUCAUUCCAAUGAGUUUGCAUCAGGAGAACUUUGACGAGUGUGGGAUGAUGGUUUCCAUGGCCCGUCUAAAAGCGCUUGAACGUGAGCUCACAUCCAACCGCCUCGCUGUAUUUAAUUCAGCAGAGAACAAACUAAUGAUUCCCCAGCACCGAAAGCUACUGAGGGUGCUGGAGGGGUUGGAGCAGCAACAUGCCGCCGGGGGUGUAUCCAGCGGGUCGGCUCCAGUGGAGGCGUAG